CAAUGCGGCACAGAGACAGUAACAGGGUGUAACAGAACAGGAGCUUUAAUAUCUUUCUGAAGUGGAGUUGGUGUGAAUAUCUGUGAGUGUGAACUCAGGAUGAAGAUCCUCCUCAUCUUUACCCUCUGCCUGAUCUCAGUGAAGAUUUUGAAAUGCAUUUCUUUACCUAUCAGCUGCAGUGUUACAUGAAGGAAAGUUUUGCUCAGAUGGAUAUUUUGUGUCUGGCUAGAUGGAGGAGCCUCCAAGGAAGUAACUGGAUAUUCUGGAUAAAUUCAGGAAGAUUCUCACUGUUUAAUGAGACCAAAUCAGCAGAGUUCUGGGUGAUGAUCAGAGAGCUCACUGUACAGGACACUGGGACGUAGCAGUGUGGAGUUUAUAAAGAUUUGGGGAUAAACAUUUACACACCAGUGGAACUGAAGACAAAUGGAGAAUAUCAAAAUGACCCAAAUGUGCUUCUUCUCCAAUCAACACAAACACCAAUCUUUUGUGUUAGAGGUAAAGUUAGAGGUUCUAUCACUUCCAGUUUCAAUGUAUUUUAAUGCAUAUUUCCUUUGUGUGUAAUCAUAUGCACUUCUUAUUACACUGAUGUGUUGCUGUGGAUUUUACUGGAGAAAAAAUUGCACCAAGAGCUGCUAUACUUUACUUUUUUCUUCUGGUCAAAGUUACAGACUUACAUCUUUGGAAGUACUUCUCUUGAUAAUGAAAGGAAAAAAUAUAAUUACAUUUUAGUACAAUUACAUUGUAAAUUUCAGAUCCAGUGCUUAGAGAUGAUGGCCUAGGCAUGACAGAUGAAGUUAGUCUGAGGCUCAAAUGGCUGCUGUCUGAUCUAAAUAGUAGAGCAAAUGUUGGGCACAAAAAAAGAACACUUUUCAGACUCGACUUCAUGGAGCUCAGCAAUGUCAGUGAUUGAUUUACAAACCUGGGUGACAUGAUCCUGGACAGAAAUCUAUGUGUGCUGCCAGACAAGGUCAUCCCAAAGUCAUUUGGCCACCAAAGCAUUUAAGGUGAGCUUAUUGCCUGAACAUGCAGUUCUCCCACUUUUUGCUAGCUAAAGUGACCGCUAUUAAAAGACAGCUUUCAGACACACCCAUUUCAGUUUGGCAUCUUGCAUAGUCUCAAAGUGUUCUGAUUCACCAACAUGAAGUUCUGUGGCUUUAUGUUUUGAAUGAAGGGAAGUCAGAUAAGUAAGAAAUAACCCACAGCAGGACAUGCUGUUAGAGGAAAAUAAUCAAUAAUGGGGUGAUGAUGCAAAGUGCAGUCACUCAUACCACCAUGAAGAUUAGUAUUUUCCUAUGUCAGCAUUUUUUAAAGUAUUUAUCACACAACACAUCAUACCUUUUAUCUCUUUAUAUAGUAGUUACAUUUAAUAAUAAUAGUAUCCAUUUAUAGUUACUUUUAUUAUUUUUUUAAAUAAUAAUAUUAUUACUUUUAAAACUUAUAUUUUAAGAUGAUUGUUUGGAUUCCUUCCUGGAUUCCCAUUAUUUGUAGAUAGAAAAUAUAUUUUUGCACAUACGCAAGUCAACACACAUUUACAAAUUUGCAAUGCCAAGUAUGACACUUUGAAUUCAUUUCAAAGUGUCUCUGUUGCAUUUUGCUCACAUGCUUCACACAUAAAUUUGCUGUCAAAAGCUUUCUCACACAGCCAGAAGGGGAAGUGCAUGUUGCUUCAGUUUCUGGUAGUUCAUGCAUUCAUGGCCUCCAGACUGGACUAUUGUAAUGCAUUGCUAGGUGGUUGUCCUGCAUCUUCAGUAAACAAGCUACAGUUAGUGCAGAAUGCAGCUGCCAGAGUUCUUACUAGGUCAAGAAAAGAUGAUCACAUAUCCCCAAUAUUAUCAUCCCUGCACUGGCUACCUGUUAAGUUUAGAAUUGAUUACAAACUAGCACUACUUACGUACAAGGCUCUAAAUGGUUUAGCUCCCACGUAUCUAGCCAGUCUUCUAACACAUCACAAUCCACCACGCUCCUUAAGAUCUCAAAACUCCAGACUUCUGGUAGUUCCUAGAAUAUCAAAGUCUACAAAAGGAGGUAGAGUGUUUUCGUAUUUAGCUCCUAAACUUUGGAAUAGCCUUCCUGACAGUGUUCGGGGCUCAGACACAGUCUCCCAGUUCAAACGUAGAUUAAAGACGUAGAUCUUUAGCCAGGCAUACACUUAAUACAUACCAUAACCUUGUACUUCAGUACAUCUGAUUAAUUGCACAUUAUGAUUUAGGGCUUACUAAUAUUAUGAACAGCAGCUACGCUAAUUCCUUUUCCACUUGUUUCCCUUCUUCUACCCAUCCCGAGGCACAUAGAGAUUGUGCCAGCUCCAGUAGACAGAGGCCAACCCUAUGAGGAUCCUGAGGCAUCCAGAGAUGGACCUGCUCCAGCUGGUUUCUGCCUCAUGAGGAUUUGGGUAUUCAAAGCAACGCUGCCAACCCUAUGUGGACUAUGUGGACUUUGAGGAAGACAACAACCUCCAAAUUAAUAUACACAUAAAAUUCUACAUGACUAUAAAUAAAUACAGAAAGGAAAUUGUUCAUAUCACACUCUCCCAAAUGAGGAUGCGUUCCCUUUUGAGUCUGGUUCCUCUCAAGGUUUCUUCCUCAUAUCAUCUAAGGGAGUUUUUCCUCGCCACAGUCGCCUCAGUCGCCUCAGGCUUGCUCACUAGGGAUAAUUUUGUCUAACAUCUAGGACUGUUGCAUGUUUUUGUUUCUGUUUGCAUGCUUUUUGUUUCUUAUGUUCUGUAAAGCUGCUUUGAGACAAUGUUCAUUGGUAAUACAAAUAAAAUUGAACUGAAUUGAAUUGAAUUAAAGAACAAGAACAGGGUGGGACAGAUACAGUGACUUAUAAGACAGCGUUUAAAAGAAUAGGAGCUUUAAUAUCUUUCCGAAGUGGAGUUGGUGUGGAGAUCUGUGAGUGUGAACUCAGGAUGAAGAUCCUCCUCAUCUUCAUCCUCUGCCUGAUCUCAGAUGGAGGAGCCUCCAAGGAAGUAACAGGAUAUUCAGGAGGAGGAGUCCUUAUCAAGUGCAAAUAUGAUGCAGAAUUCACACAAAACACAAAAUAUUUCUGUAAGGGUUCAUGGCCAGGCUGUGAUGACCAAAUAAAGACAGAAGCUAAAAACAUGUGGAUAAAUUCAGGAAGAUUCUCACUGUUUGAUGACACCAAAUCAGCAGAGUUCUGGGUGAUGAUCAGAGAGCUCACUGUACAGGACACUGGGACGUACCAGUGUGGAGUUGAAAAAAGUUGGAUAGACAUUUACACACCAGUGGAACUAAAGGUAAAGGAAGGGGGCUUGGUCUCUAGAGGAGUGACUGCAUAUGCAGGGGGAGGAAUCAGAAUCAAGUGCAGAUAUGAGGAUGAAUAUAAAGACAAACCAAAAUCUUUCUGUAAGAUCGGAACACGUCAAUUGUGUUUUAAUCGAAUACAAACAAAACUAAACAGUAAAUGGUCACAUGAUGGCAGAUUCUCAAUUCAUGACAACAGAGGUUCAGGAUUCUUCAGUGUGUUCAUCAGAGAGCUGAUUACGGAGGACACUGGAACAUAUGCAUGUACUGUUGCUGUGUCUGAUGAAAUAGAGACCUACACUGUAGUGAAGCUGAAUGUAAGAGAAGAUUUGUCCUGUGAGAAGUCCAUCAGUGAGACUGUCCAUGUAGGAGGAGAUUUGAAGUUCAGCUGUAAAUACCCAGUAUCCCUCAGGAAUGACCCCAAGUUUCUCUGCAAGAGGCUGCAAACUGCUGCUUGUUUUUAUAAAGCAUCUGUUAAUGAAAGUAGGAAAGAUGUAAAUAUGGGGAAGUUCUCGCUGUAUGAUGACAGAUCAAAACAAAUCUUCAGUGUGAGUAUUAGACAUGUUACUGAGCAGGACUCUGGGGAAUACUGGUGUGGAGCUGAAGCAGCCUGGAAAUCUGAUCAUGGAUACAAGGUUUAUUUCACACAGAUCAGCCUGACAGUUACUGAUCCACCUCUCCCUGUUUCAACCUCAGUGCCAACAAAAUAUUCAUUAUCAUCUUUACCAACAUCAUCAUCAUUACUGUCUACACCAACUUCUAGUGAAAGAGGAUUUCCAGCUUCCACUGUGUUCACUGUGUCUGUGAGUCUCCUGGUGCUUCUCAUCGGACUCAUAUUCCUCAUUGUGACUCUACAUAAGAGACGCAAGAUGCAAAGCCGAGAAACAGUGACGCAAACCUCCAGAGAGACAAAUGAAGACUAUGAAAACGACCCAAAUGUGCUUCAUUUCCAGUCAAGACAAAUGACCAAUCUAUCAGAUUCAGUCUACCAAAGUCUGAACCCCAACACCAAACAAUCGGAUUCAGUCUACCAAAGUCUGAACCCCAACACCAAACAAUCAGAUUCAGUCUACCAAAGUCUGAACCCCAACACCAAACAAUCAGAUUCAGUCUACCAAAGUCUGAACCCCAACACCAAACAAUCAGAUUCAGUCUACCAAAGUCUGAACCCCAACACCAAACAAUCAGAUUCAGUCUACCAAAGUCUGAACCCCAACACCAACCAAUCGGAUUCAGUCUACCAAAGUCUGAACCCCAACACCAACCAAUCGGAUUCAGUCUACCAAAGCCUCAAGUGUUAAACAGACCAAUUGGACACAGUCGGAGUCAGAAAUCCCCCUCUAACCAAUGAGAAUGAUGCUGCCAGUUUCUCUAUUAAAAUGGACUGGCCUUGAUACCAAAGCCAAAGAGAUUAAUUGCUAGGAUGUAUUUUAAGAUUUAUUUAUGAAAAUAUUCCAUAUUUGUUUGCUUUCCAAUAAAAAAAAUGCCAAUCAUAAUUGUUUAUCAAAGACGAGUCUAGAGUUUUUGCUUGAGAAUCUGAUAUUUUUAGGCAGUAAAUGUGGCCAAAAACUGUUACUUAUACAGAAAAAGUCCAUCUGAAUGACAUUGCAGACCAACAACCACAAACCUCCUGCAGCACAUCAGUAAAUGUGCAGAUAUCUCAUUUAUUCACCACUUUUACGCCAUCUCAUUUUAAAGUAAUUCUUGUUUUAAACUAAAUUUGUGGAAUAAAUUGUCAAGAACAGAUGUUGUAAAUGUUUUUCAAUCCAAUGAAUAGAUUUUCAAAAAGCUCACUGUUUAUUGCAGCUCAGAAGUUUGUUUGGAAACCAGCAUAUGGAAAUGCCUUCAUCCUCAUCCUGAAAAAGUGUAUAAAUGAUGUCAUAUGUUCUGUGAUUGUCUGAGGCUGAAAGUUUGUGCUUCUGGGUGUGUUUUGACAGCCAGGAUUUGGGUUGUUCACAAAACUACACAAACCUCUCUCAAGUUACAUUUCUGAUGUGUACUGAUUAAACAUUUUCAUAACAUCCAUGACACAGGGUUAGAGAUUAGUUAGAAGUUUCAGCUCAAUAGCCACACUCAGCAACAGCGAACAUUUAUUUAUUAUUACAUUCAUCAUUAAUCAUCUUUUAUUAUUUCCUACUUUAAUCAUUUAAUCAUUUUAUAUAAUCAUUUUCCAUAUUAAUGCAGUAAUUAUGGAUGUGCCUCCCAGUGUUUUUAGAACUUUGGGAUGAGUAAGCUUAGCAACACAUUGUUUUACUGAUUUACUUAUUUAAUUAUAAUUUCAUGAUUAUUAUUUUAUUUUAUUAUUAUUAUUUUAUUGUUUGUUAAUAUUGAAGCUUCAAUAAAAUUCAUCUCUAUCCCAAAGUUUUGUGGCUGAAGACUAAAAGGGGGAGAAAGUUGUAAUUAAAUUCAAGUUAACAAUA